AUGGACCUGAGGAAAGGAGGUUCGCUUGAAGAGACACCAACCUGGGCUGUAUCAGUAUUUGCUUUGUUUUUCUUCGUCCUAUCCUUCAUCAUCGACUCUAGUAUUCACCAUCUAACAACGUUUCUUAAUAGAAGGAGAAGAAAAUCCCUAAAUAGGGCUUUAAUGAAGUUCAAAACAGAAAUGAUGAAACUGGGUUUGGUAUCACUGCUUCUUACGAUAUCAGAGGUGCCAAUAUCAAAAAUCUGCGUUGCCCAAACUUUGGCAGACACUUUUCUUCCAUGUAAAUAUGUGGAAGACGCAGAACCUGCUGUCUCAUCCGCCACGCAACUUUCAGGAUCAAAUUCCACCAGUUUUUCUAAGGAAGUCAAUGAUGAAAAUUACUGCGAGGCAAAGAGGAAGAAGAGGGACAAUGGAAGUAAUAAUGAGAGGAAAGAAGAGAGGGGAGGAUGGGAGGGACGAGGGAUGGUUUCUCUAGUGUCAAGGGAAGGAGUCUUGCAACUGAACAUCUUUAUCUCUCUGUUGGCAGUUUUUCAUGUGCUCUACUGCAUCCUAACCAUGUUUCUUGGGAUGGCCAAGAUGAGGAAAUGGAAUGCUUGGGAGGAUGAGACUCAAACAUUAGAAUACCAGAUUCGUAACGGUAACCCCUCUGCAUCCAUCUAUUCAAGGAGGUUCCAGCUUAUCCAUCAAACUCCUUUUGGGAAAAGACAUUUGAAGUUCUGGAGUAAACAUCCUCUGUUGCUUUGGCCUGUUUGUUUUGCUCGACAGUUUUGUGGUUCAAUCUCAAAAGCCGAUUACAUGACGCUGCGAAAUGGGUUCAUUGAGACAAACUUCACCAAAAGUAGCAACUUCAAUUUCCUGAAAUUCCUUGCAAGAGCUUUCGAUGACGACUUUGAGCAAGUGGUUGGAAUAAGAUUUGGAUCUGGCUCUUCUCCAUCCUUUUCAUAUUUUCAAGUGCACAUGAUUGUUAUAGUUGUGGGUGCAAAGCUGGAAAUGAUCAUAACCAAAAUGUGUGUGGAGAGUUGCAAGAAUCCCGUCAUUCGAGGUCGUCUUGUAGUGAAGCUCAAUGAUGACUUGUUUUGGUUUGGUCGGCCACAUUGGCUUCUUCAUCUCAUCCAAUUCGUCCUAAUCCAGAACUCCUUUCAACUGGCAUUCUUAACGUGGACAUGGUUUCAGUAUGGCCAAGGGUCUUGCCUAAAUCGCAAAAGGGAAGUCAUCGCCAUAAGGAUUUCCAUGGGACUUCUUGUGCAGUUCAUUUGCGGUUAUGUGACCCUACCUCUUCAUGCACUUGUUACCCAGAUGGGUUCUGGCAUGAAGAAAGCAGUGUUUACUGAACGUGUAGUAGAUGGCCUAAAAAACUGGCACAAGAAUGCACAACACAGGCUCUCCAAGAGCAGAUCCAUUUCCAAGAACAGUGUUGAAGCAACUGACUUUGCCAUUUCAGAUCAAAUGAGUACUGAAAUACUAGAUUUUGAAAGUUUUCCACAUUCAGUCGUGGAAAGCUCUCCUUCUACCUCUGAAAUCAUAGAAGAGAAAGUCCCACACAAUUCUCUUCCAAAACCAGAUACAACAAGUGUAUCGAUUCCAGAAAUCACCAAGGAGGAAGAAAAUCCAAAGAUCAAUGGAAAAAUGAUAACUUACGAUGGUGAGAUAUCAUUUGGGAGUAGUUGGAAAUUAGAAAGUAGCAAGCGAAGUGGAGUGAAAUCACUUCAGUACGUAAUUGACGAAGAUCAUGACGUCAACUACUUUGAUAAAUGA